AUGACAUCGUAUACACCAGGAACACGUCAAGGUCAUAGUGGGAACAGUCAUCAACAUAAUGUCUAUACUCGACGUGGGUCCGGUGAUGUUGAGUUUGACGUGCCGAUUCCAUCUUUCAGACGGGCGGAGCAUACUCUAAUGGAUAACUUUCGAGAACGCCUGAAUUUACGUACGUAUCGUGAGUCACUCAAUAUAUCUGCUUGUGAUAAUGAAAUGCUUGAUGAAGAUCUUGGACAUCCUCCAGCUACGCAUGACACACCACCUGGAACUUAUAUGGGUUCAUUACAAUCAGAUUCAUUAUUUAGUACAGCGUUUCGAUCAAGGUCUCGUUCAGAUGCAACAGGCAGUCCAUUGUUUUGUCGUCAAAGCUUGGGGACAAUAGUGCUAUUUCCAAAUAGAUUAGAAAAACAAUCAAAGAGACAUAACCUUCGCGUUCGCAAUGAAAGGCAUAGCGUAUGCGUAACAGAUCUACCAGAAUUGAAAAGCUCAAGUUCGUCAAUACCAUCGAAUCAUCUAUUUGUUGAUGCAAAACCUACAAAUGUUGCAGUCAUAGAUAUUGAUAAUCAGUGGCAUGGACCAUCAAGUGCAGUCGAAAUGAGAUCAAGUAUGUGGAACCUGCCGUGUCACUCCAAUCCUCUCCAUCUCGAGGUCGAUAGAUAUGAUACACUUGAAAAGCACCAGUCUCCCUUGACACAUACUAGCAAAGAACAUGCAGCUUUUAAUACCAAUACAUUACAAAUUACACGACGUUUUGAGCCUGAACCACUGUCACCGUUCAGUAACUAUGCAAUUCUUAUCAAAGAGAGUCCAUUUAACUUGUCGUCCGAGCAGUUACCACUGUACCCGUCUUAUGAUGGAGCUACUCCCGAAUUCUUCAAAGUUAUUUUCGAAAGUCAGGAUGCUGUUUAUUCAUCGUUUAUGCGCGCACACAAAUGCUACGAUCUAAUUCCUAUAAGUACGAAAUUAGUGGUUUUUGAUACUGAACUACAGGUGAAGAAGGCCUUUUUCGCUCUUAUCUACAAUGGAGUUCGAGCAGCCCCACUAUGGGAUAGCAGAAAACAAGAAUUUGUUGGCAUGCUCACUAUUACGGAUUUUAUUCGAAUACUUCAAAAAUAUUAUGUAAAGAAUGAUUCAAAAAGUGAAGGCAUGCAGGAUCUUGAAAAACAUAAAAUAGCAACUUGGCGUGAAGAACUGGAGCGGGAUGGUUAUUUGAAACCUCUGGUAUCUAUAAAUCCUUCCGAAAGCCUUUUCCAAGCAAUUCAAGUUCUCUGUAAAGAGAAAGUGCAUCGUUUGCCGGUGGUAGAGGAGUGUACUGGCAAUAUCGCUUUCAUUCUAACUCAUAAGCGUUUGAUGAAAUUCCUGUAUCUAUAUAUGAUCGAUCUACCUUGUCCAUCCUUCAUGGAGAAGACACCUCGUGAGUUAGGAAUUGGUACAUGGAAUGCUGUUUCAACAAUUACUGAGAAUACUUCACUAAUAGAUAUUAUGGAUAUAUUUCUUUCUAAACGGGUGUCUGCUUUACCUGUAUUGGACGAAAAUGAGAAAGUUAUCGACAUUUAUGCUAAAUUCGACGCUAUAAAUUUAGCGGCUAAUAAGUCAUAUAUUGAUUUGGAUAUUACAGCGCGGGAAGCUUUACAGUAUCGUGUUGAUUGGUUUGAGGGAGUACGCUGUUGUUCACCAGAUGAUUCAUUAAUGAAGAUUGUAGAAAUGAUAGUUCUUGCCGAAGUGCAUCGAUUGUUGGUUGUUGACCACAAUGAGAAAGUGAUAGGAAUCAUUUCACUCUCAGAUAUACUACGCUUUUUGGUCUUAGAACCACCAGUUACACCACCUGAGAGAAAUCGCAGUCCUGAUUUUCCAAUGGACGAUGUAAUUGGAAGUAAUGAUGAUGAAAUAUAUUGUUCGUAA